AUGAAAUUCCAGCUCAUUUCCACCGAUCACCGGUUGCCCACGCCUGCCCGCGUUUGCCUCAAGCCAAUCGCCCAUCGGGGAUUCAAGGGCCAAUAUCCCGAGAACACUAUAUUGUCAAUCGAUGGCGCAAUUCGGGCAGGAGCUCAAGCCCUCGAGCUUGACCUUCAUAUUUCCCGCGAUGGAAUCGUGGUGUUAUCACACGAUGCAAGCCUCAUGCGCUGCUACGGUAUCAAGAAGAAGGUCAGCGAGUGCGACUGGGAGUAUUUAAAAACUCUGCGAACUAUACAAGCUCCCCAUGAACCGAUGCCCCGGUUGGCCGAUGUGUUGGAAUACCUGAGACAACCAGGUCGGGAGAAUUUCUGGAUGUUGCUAGACAUAAAGCUCGCCAAUGACCCCUUCGCCAUAAUGGAACUGAUUGCCAAAACCAUCGAGUCAGUCCCUACACCCGCGGGCGGCCCCGACUGGCAGCGACGAAUCGUUCUCGGCUUCUGGUCUUCACGAUACCUCCCCGCGCGAGCAAAGCACUUGCCACUGUGUGCAGUGACACUAAUCUGCGUCGACGUGAGCUAUGCUCGCCAAUUCCUACAAGUACCCCUUAUAUCCUUCAACAUCAACCAGAAUAUCCUGAUGGGCCCACUAGGACGGGGGUUUUUGGAUGAGGGCGCGCAGCCCGGCAUCGACGGCGUCAUCUCCGACGAGCCCGGUCGAUUCCGCCAGGUCUGCGACGGGUGGGAGAAGGAACAUUCGGGUGUAUUGGGUGUUCCAAAUCCCAGUUUAGACCGCAUCACUGUGAGACAACGUAUGGAGAUCAUCGCGGUGGCGCUUUAUGUCAUUUGCUUCGGCUGGAUCCUGAAGCGUGUGUACCUUUAUCCGGUUAAGCCACUAGAGCUUGAGAAUCACAAGUCGAAAUGA